GCUAAAUAGAACUAUCGACUUGCGUUUUCAGUUUCUCUCUGAUGCUCAGUGCCGACCAUAUUCGUCGUUUUCGUUUUCUUUAGGCUGAUACGCCGCUCCCAAUAUGCUACGACUCGCAAGUUUUUACGCUGUCCUUCCACCCAAAUGAAAACAUUGUUGCUGCUGGACUGAUCACGGGAGAGGUUUUUUGUCACAGAUAUGAGGCAGGAGUAGCACCAACGGAGGUCGUUCGGUCUAAGCACCACAAAAAGAGUUGUCGUGCGUUAGACUUCAGUGCGGAUGGGUCAGUACUGUUUACAGGUUCGAAGGAUAAGAGUCUGCAAGUGCUUGAUAUUGAAACAGGCAAGGUCACGUUGCGCAAGCCUAAUGCACACAGUGAACCACUCAAUGCAUUACUGACAUUGAGUGAUCACUUGCUGGCAUCUGGAGAUGAUCAAGGGUGCGUUAAAGUAUGGGAUACCCGACAGCGAAAAGUUGCCAUGAAGUACCAUGAAAAUGUCGAUUUUAUUUCCGAUAUGUCAUUUGUUGAGCACAAAAAGACCUUACUUGCUACCGGUGGGGACGGCUGCCUCUCCAUCUUCGACAUCCGCAAGUCGAAACCUGUAGCUGUGUCAGAAAACCAAGAUGACGAGCUGCUUUGUGUUGAGGUUGUGCGAAACACGACCAAGGCGGUUGUCGGAACGCAGGAUGGAGUCCUCCUUUUAUUUUCUUGGGGGGAUUGGGGUGACUGUACGGAUCGAUUUCCUGGCCAUCCAUCUAGUGUAGAUUCUAUAGUGAAGGUGGAUGAUUCGACGAUCAUGACCGCAUCAGGGGACGGGAUCAUUCGGGCUAUUGGGAUAUUGCCAAAUCGGUUGGUAGGUGCCGUAGGUGAUCAUGGAGAUAUGCCUAUUGAGCGGAUCCGGUUAACGAGGGAUGGGACUUGGGUGGGAACAUGCUCGCAUGAUUCUACGGUUAGAUUUUGGAGUGUAGAAGAAGCGCUAAGGGAGGACGAAGAAGAUGAAGUGGCCGAAGAACAGGAUCUUACCGCGCAGGAUAACGGGGACAAGGAUAAGGACGAUCAGAGCGAAAAUGAGGACGAUGCCGUCGGCAAUAGUACCAUAGAGGCAUCUCCAGAGCCAAUCGGCAGUAAGCGAACAAAUCCGAAUGCUUCAUCUGAUGAGGACAGCUCUGACGAAGAAACGAAGGAGAGGCAACGGAAAAAGAAGCCUAAAAAGGCCAAGAGAGGAAUAGGGGGCGUCAAGAAGGCCAAUGCAGCUUUCUUUGCCGACAUUGAUUGAUGCGAUGGCCGCAGGGCUUUUCACAAUCACGACAUUAAUCAUAUUUACAUGGUUGAGAACCUAUUUCCCUAGCGCGUCGGAUUUCGAAUUGCAGCAAUACCUGCCCUCUCCUAAGCUACGCUAUAACAACCCCUAUUUAAAUAUCAAUAUACUCCGGCUCCUCCUUUGAUGGCACGCAGAGGUUGUGCUUUUACUCUUGGC